UUUUUAGAUGAGAACCACUGCAGUUAUUUUUUAAUAAGUUCUACAUGUAAUAAUAAUAAUAAUAAUAAUAUUUAAUUAUAGUUUUAUUCAAUUAAUUUUUAUUUACAAAAACCAUCAGACAGAAAUUAUGUUUUUAUUAUUAAUAAUAAUUUAACCUGAAUUACGACUUUUUCAACAUAAAAUUCUGACUUAUUAUAUUUUAUUAUAAAUAUAUAAAAUAAACUUUCCCUUCAGUCUGUUUUCUCCUCUUCAUCAUCCUCCUCUUCAUCAUCCUCCUCUUCCUCCUCCCAGCUGUGCCGCUCUCAGCAGAAACAUCCCGCAGUAAAUCACGCAGAGCUGCGUGUCUGUGGGCGUUUCUUCUUCUGCUGCUGCUGAUUAAAGUGCAGAAGCACUCAGUCUUCGUCACACUCAGUCCGCCGGACUCACAGGACUCUGACCCGCAUCAGGACCCGGACUCAGACCCUCCUGCUGGACCCGUGUGACCUCAUCAUCAUGAGUCUGAGCACCAACGACCUCACAGAGCUCAUGGAGCUGUGGGAGGAGCUAAACCUGACCGCCGCCGACCACGACAAUCUGUCCCAUGUGGAGGCGCUGCUGUGUUCAGGUGCCAUCAGCCACGCCUCCUUCCUCCACAUCCUCUCCGUCUUCUACAUUUUCAUCUUCCUGGUGGGCCUUGCCGCCAACGCCCUGGUGGUGUGGGUCAACCUUCGCUCCAACCAGAACCGCUAUGAGACUCACCUGUACAUCCUGAACCUGGCUGUAGCUGACCUGUGCGCUGUGGCCACGCUGCCGGUGUGGGUGACCUCACUGCUGCAGGACGGGCGCUGGCCGUUUGGAGAGGCCGUCUGUAAACUCACUCACCUCGUCUUCAGUGUCAACCUCUUCAGCAGCAUCUUCUUCCUCACCUGCAUGAGUGUGGACCGCUACCUGUCUGUCACGCUGUUUGCAGGCGCCCCCAACAGCCGAAGGAAGAAGGUGGUGCGGCGGCUUAUCUGCGUCCUGGUUUGGCUGCUGGCGCUGGUGGCCUCCAUCCCUGACACCUACUUCCUGCAGGCGGUCAAGUCGUCUCACCAUGAUGGGGCCAUCUGUCGGCCAGUGUACCCGCCUGAAAACCCUCGGGAGUGGAUGGUAGGUGUUCAGCUGAGCUUCAUUGUGCUCGGCUUUGCCAUCCCUUUCCCCAUCAUUGCCAUCUUCUACCUACUCCUGGCGGCGGUGAUUCCCCCCAGCUCGGACCAGGAGCGCCGCAUCAGCCGCCGCAUCAUCCUCUCUUACAUUGUGGUCUUCCUGGUGUGCUGGCUACCAUUCCACGCUGUCCUCCUGCUGGACACGCUAUCACUGCUCAACAUCCUGCCAUUCAGCUGCCGGCUGGAGAACUUCCUGGACGUGGCGCUGCACCUGACACAGUGCUUCUCGCUGGUCCACUGCUGCAUCAACCCCAUCCUCUACAACUUCCUCAACAGGAACUACCGCUACGACCUCAUGAAGGCCUUCAUCUUCAAGUAUUCCACCAAGACGGGGCUUGCCAGGCUCAUAGACGGCUCACACGCCUCUGAGACGGAGUACUCUGCGGUUAUGAUGGACAAUAGCAACCCAAUGUGAACUCAUCAAGACCUAGAAACUCCUCUUGAAGACUCACUAACACUUUUCAGAACUUACUAAUGCUUCUUUUGUUUGCUCCUGAAGGCGGUGAUCCCUUGCAACAGCUUCCUUAACAGGAAGUACCGCCUGCCUCGAAUACGUCUCAGAUAAGAUAAGAUAAGAUAAGAUAAGAUAAGAUGAGACUGAGUACAAGGUGGAAGCUGACCGUGGUCCCAAUGUGACCUCGGUUAAGACUUGGGAACACUUCUUAGUUCUUGCAAAUGCUUCUUAAGACCUUCUAAACGCUCCCUGUACCUGCCCCUGGCAGCUACGAUCCUCUCAAGCUUGGACCACGAGCCUCGAUGGUCCAACACCAUGAUGGUCUGUGGACAAGUCUCCUGAUAUGAAAGUCCACUUUCUAUGACUUUCUAUGACUCUGAAAUAAAAACUUUUCCAGAAUUUGGAGUAACACUUCCCUCGGGAAUGUUACACUUAUUUACAGCACUACAUUUGUCUAGUAAGAUUUUAUUAAAGACUUAAGAACACUAAGCACGACUCUGAAAAACUUCUCAAGACUUGGGAGUGCUUUGUAAAGACUUUUCAGGACUUGUGAAUACUUUGUGUGACCUGUAAAAACUUCUCAAGAUUUAGGAAUACUUUGUAUGACUUGGAAGCACUUUUCAAGACUUGCAAAGAUUGCAAGAUUUAGGAACCCUGUAUCACUCGGAAGAACUUCUCAAGACUUAGGAAUACUUUGUAUGACUUGUUAAAACGUCUUAAGACUUACGAGUGCUUUGUGAGACUUGGAAAAACUUCUCAGGACUUAGGAAUAUUUUGUAUGACUUGACAAGACUUUUUAACUUUUAGAGACUUUUUAACUUUUAGAGAGUUUACAAGACUCGUGAAUACUUGACUUGGACAAACUGCAAGACUCAGGAAUAAUUCGUAUGACUUGUAAAAACUUCUCAAGACUUGAGAAUAUUUUGUACGACUUGUAGAAACUUCAUUAGACUCAGUAAUACUUUGUAUGACUUGUUAAAACCUUUCAAGACUUGGGAACUUUUGUCACCUGACCUGUCUCACCAUCAGAGGGGCCUCCGAGUCUCUGCAGGGAAACAGAGUUUAUACCUUCAACGUGUCCGCUUUAUAUUCUGUGAAUAUAUUUACUGUUUCCUGUUUAGUGAUGAAGAUGUUUCCUGUUUAGUGAUGAAGAUGUUUCCUGUUUAGUGAUGAAGAUGUUUCCUGUUGAUGUGUCCCAGUCAGGUUAAUAAAGUCCAGUGUCCUCAAACGAGACGAUGUCACGUGUUUAUAGACAAAAUAUAAUGAAGAGAAGAAGAAGUCAGGACGGACGGACGCUCUGCUGAUGAGACAAUAUCUGAUCAUUUAUUACUAUUGAGUAUUGAUGAAGUUUGUGACAGGCAGACAGGCAGACAGACAGACAGGCAGGCAGGCAGACAGAGACAGACAGACAGACAGACAGGCAGGCAGGCAGACAGAGACAGACAGGCAGGCAGGCAGACAGGCAGGCAGGCAGACAGGCAGACAGACAGGCAGGCAGACAGAGACAGACAGACAGACAGACAGGCAGGCAGGCAGAGAGACAGGCAGGCAGACAGCUUCAGUGUGAGCAGUAAAGUCUGUCUCUGCGUCCUCACAGGUGGUCGUGGAUGAUUGACUGUUUACCUGUGUGAUGUCAUCAGCUGCAGGUGUGACAGGCUCAAUCACAGAGCUGUGCGGUCGCACAGAGGCGCCACUCUGACUCACAACCCUGACACCAAAGGGUGGGCGGGUUCACCUGCAGGCAGAGAGGGAGACACCACCAUCAUCAUCAUCAUCAUCAUCAUCAUCAUCAUCAGUGAGACUGAUCCUGGUUCAGCUCGGGCGAGGACACGUGUUGGGACAUGUUUACUUGUGAGGACCCUCAUUCCUCAGCUGAGUCCAGACCGUCAAACACACCUCUGAGCAAAGAUUAAAGGGCACGCACACAGAGAGGAGGGGCCCGGGGGGGCCAGCUGGGGGCCCCGUGCUGGACAGAGGGACAGAAGACUCAGAGCUCAGAGACGAGAGCAGUUUAAAAACUAAGGUUUGGUUUGAACAGAAACGACUGAGCUGUGACCUCUGACCUCGCUGCAGUCAAACACCACAGAAGAAGAACCCGCUCAGCUCUCUGUUGACCUUUGACCUCUGUGUUUACUGUCACCACCCUCAGAUCCUGUCUCCAUGGUUACCUGGAGUUCAGACGUCUCAUUGGCUGUGACUUCCUUCUGCUCUGUCUCAAGGUCUCACUUCCUGUUUCCAAAAUAAAAGUUUCAAUGCACCAGUCAGACCGAAGGGACGUUUACAGAGUACUCUGAUUGUAACUGAGUACUGUGAGUUUAACUGAGUACUCUGACUGUAGCUGAGUACUCUGACUGUAACAGAGUACUCUGACUGUAGCUGAGUACUCUGACUGAUGCUGAAUACUCU